AUGUCGGGACGGGACCCCGAGGUCUCCUGCUUCCUCUCCUCCGUCUCCUCGUUUUCCUUCAGUGUGCUUCAGACCUGCAUUUGUCCCUGCCCCGGAAGACGGCUUUGCCGCGGCGUGGCGGGUGCUCGAUGCAAUGCGGCUGUGGGGACCGUCGCCAGCACGCCGCGGCGGCAAAGCCCUUCCUUCUCCCGCCUGCUCUCCGCUGCCUCCGGUCAGGUACACCUGCGCUCUCCGGUCAGGUACACCUGCUGCCCCCGGUCAGGCACACCUGCUGCCUUCGGUCAGACACACCUGCACUCUCCGGUCAGGUACACCUGUGGUCUCCGGCACACCUGCUGCCUUCGGUCAGACACACCUGCUGCCUUCGGUCAGGCACACCUGCGCUCCCCGGUCAGGUACACCUGCGCUCCCCAGUCAGGUACACCUGCUGCCUUCGGUCAGGCACACCUGCGCUCCCCGGUCAGGUACACCUGCUCUCUCCGGUCAGCGCACUGUGCGGCCAUCGGCUCCGUUCGCGAGGUUGUAGGGGACAUAAAAGUCGAGGUGGCCGUGGAGGAGUUCUUCGAUCACGUGAAGAAGCUGUGGGAUGAUGAGGGAGUGAAGGCGUGCUUUGAGAGGUCCAACGAGUACCAGCUGAUCGACUGUGCACAGUAUUUCCUGGAGAGAAUCGACAGUGUCAGUUUGGUUGACUACACGCCCACAGACCAGGACCUCCUCAGAUGCAGAGUUCUGACAUCGGGGAUUUUUGAGACGCGAUUUCAAGUGGACAAAGUGAACUUCCACAUGUUUGACGUUGGUGGCCAGAGGGAUGAAAGAAGAAAAUGGAUCCAGUGCUUUAACGAUGUCACUGCCAUCAUUUACGUUGCGGCCUGCAGCAGCUACAACAUGGUGAUCCGGGAAGACAACAACACCAACAGGCUGAGGGAGUCCCUGGAUCUUUUCGAAAGCAUCUGGAACAACAGGUGGUUACGGACCAUUUCUAUCAUCUUGUUCUUAAACAAACAGGAUAUGCUGGCAGAAAAAGUCUUGGCAGGGAAAUCAAAAAUUGAAGACUAUUUCCCAGAGUAUGCAAAUUAUACUGUUCCCGAAGACGCAACACCAGAUGCGGGAGAAGAUCCCAAAGUUACAAGAGCCAAGUUCUUUAUCCGGGAUCUCUUUUUGCGGAUCAGCACGGCCACGGGUGACGGCAAGCACUACUGCUACCCCCACUUCACGUGCGCCGUGGACACGGAGAACAUCCGCCGCGUGUUCAACGACUGCCGCGACAUCAUCCAGCGCAUGCACCUCAAGCAGUACGAGCUCCUGUGAGGGGCACCCGCCCUCCUGUCUGUCCCCAGCCCUGGUAGACCCAGUGAGUUCCUACUGUCACCUGUUGCACCCGGCCUGCUUGGUAUCUGCCCCAUGUGACCACCAAGCCUCUGGCUACCUCUGUCCCCCUCAGGUUUGGUUUUGUAGCUUUUGUUUUCCUUGAACACAACCUUCCUUUUAUCCAUUCAUUCAUUCAUUCAUUCAUUGAUUCUUCAAGGAAGACACAGUGGAGGGAAGAUUCCGAGCUGCCAGGUGGGCGCGUGCACAGCGCUGGCUGCUCCAUCUUCCCGUUCUGAAGCCACAGGUGAGGUGGCCGCUCCUUGCGAUCUCACCGGCCUGAGACUUAGAGUAGACUCCAAAUGGCAGAGUGAAUAGAAACCCUUUUCACUCACACUUAGUCACUGCCAGCCUCAAGCAUCUCAAUCAGAGCUACUCUGAGCUUUUUACCACAUUCACUACCGCAAAACGUGUACUGUCUAGAAAUGAUUCUCUCAACUUUAACUAUAUUUGGGCAUAGUCUUCUUUCAUAUGUUCUUUUUGUUGUUUUAUUGCUGGUUUAUUAUACUGUACAGACCACCAAAUGUAAUAUUCUUUUGUAUAACUACUAAAGAAAAAUCCUUGUAGAUCUUUGUGCCUUGAUUAUGGCUGUACCUGUAAAAGAAAUGUGUUUUUAUUGUGCUGAACAGCUUAAUGUCAACAUUACCUGCCGCUUACUCUGAAAAAGAGAAUGAAUGGUAUUUGCAAAACUAGGGUAUUUUAUCAGGUUGGUACUUUAUAAAAUACUCCCUGAUAAAAAAAAUAUAUAUAAACUAUAUGCAUUGAUUAUCCACACCUAAUGAACAACGUCACACCAACAUCACGAGCAGUUGCAGACACCUGCCUUUGCUUCUCUGAGCCUCAGCUGCAGAACUUAAACUCAGUUCAAGGGUACAAACCGCAAUCUAGUCUUCUUUUAGGGACCCAGGGAUUUUUUUUCUCUCCAGACAAACAUGCUUCAUUAUUAUUUUGCUACUUAAAGAAACUUCAAGUUCCCUCACUGGGAACAGGUUACCAUUCCCUUAGCCAAAGCUCUGGACACAGGCUCCAUCAUACAAGUUAACAAAUAGCAAGAGAAAGACAAAAUGGUGUGGAAGUUUGUGUCUGGCCUAGGAGAACAGGAUGGUAUCAUCAUUUGUCUUUUAAAGAAGGAAGAUUACAAAAUGUGUAUUUGAAAUAUAAAGUCAAAAUACAUGGCUGUUUGGGCCGGCCCCGUGGCGCACUCGGGAGAGUGCAGCGCUGGG